AAGGCGGUCGGGGCUUCUUCCAGCGGCGGCGAGGGCUGGGAGAAGAUGGCGGCGGUUGCCGGCUGGGCCUUGCUGGGCCUGGCGCUGUGGCUGUGCGCGGCAGCCGGGGCAGGCGAGCCGGAGGGGAAGCGGCGAGCGGGGCCAGCCAAGAAGAAGGACAUUCGAGACUACAACGACGCGGACAUGGCUCGGCUGCUGGAGCAGUGGGAGAAGGAUGAUGACAUUGAAGAGGGUGAUCUUCCCGAACACAAGAGGCCUCCAGCACCAAUAGAUUUCUCAAAAAUUGAUCCAGGCAAGCCUGAAAGUAUCCUGAAGCUGACAAAAAAGGGGAAGACCUUGAUGAUGUUUGUCACAGUGUCAGGGAACCCUACAGAAAAGGAGACCGAGGAGAUCACCAGCCUCUGGCAGGGCAGUCUCUUCAAUGCCAACUAUGAUGUGCAAAGGUUUAUUGUUGGGUCCAAUCGAGCCAUCUUCAUGCUGCGUGAUGGUGGCUACGCCUGGGAGAUCAAAGACUUCCUGAUCAAUCAGGAAAGGUGUGCAGAUGUUACUCUGGAAGGUCAGGUUUAUCCUGGCAAAGGAGCAGAAGAAAAUGAGAAAGGCAGAAACAAAACCAAACCGGAAAAAGCAAAGAAGAAAGAUGCAGACAAGAAAUCCAAUAGCAUCAAAGAGGACAACAGGGCCACCAAACAGAGAGAGGAUCUAUGAUGGAGGCAUGAAUCAAACUGAGUGCUGCUCUGCUGCCUCUGGAAGGGAAACUCAUUCUCCAUACAAUUGCUGGCUUUACCUGGGGGAAGGAAGAAAGCAGAGAUUCCUGAGGUUCAAAGACUAGUGUGCUGAAAUUCACCAGGUUACUUAUUAACAUUGGCCAUAUGUUUAGUUACAGGAAAGGUAAUGGUUAAUGGCAGCAACUCCCUGCUUUCAGUUUUGUUUUUUGUAUGCCUUUGUUGAUUAAAAUUAACAUAGAAGUGUGUGUGUCUAACAUCACAACAUGGAAAAGAAGAAGUGCAAUCUCAGAAUGUGUCACCUUCAUCUGCAGGAGCCCUGCAGGUACCAACAGCUGCUGUUAGCAGAGUACGCUGCUAAAGGAUUCUCUGGAAGGCCACUUUGCUGGGCUCACUUGGUAAAACUGCCUGGAAUGAUGAAGAACAUUGGCCAAAGAUGGCUGAGGUGAUGCUGUUUAGUGCUUGUCUGGUUAUCCUGCAUAUUUCUUUAAAACAAAACCCAUUCCGUGUGUCCCCAGAAUUACAUGGAAGUACUUAGAGGUAUGGCAGAAGCUAGGUAGAUAGUUGGCUAAUGGAUUCCAAACCUUUGCAGGAAGGAGGUUCUGUACCCCUCAGAAGUGGUGCCAGGAUGUUCAUGAAUUACACAGUGCCCACACUGGCUGUGUGUGAGUGAUGAGAAGAGUCAGGCUGAUGCCAUUGUGGUUGCUGCCUCUGCCAAAGAAGCAGGUGCCUGUGGAAGCAGGUGUUGUGUGUGGUCUGUUACCUAGACUGAGCUAGCAGCAAGCUUUCACUUGGACAUUAAUUUGUUUUCCUGGUUUCUGUGUUCAAAUGUUUGGAAGACUCCUGCUUACAGUACAGAGUGGAACUCAGACAUAGCCCCUCCUAAGGGUUAAUAAGCAGCCUGGGGCUUUGGGUACAGGUUCCCCACUGCCACAUUGGCUGGUGAAUGGACAUUUGAUGUGUGGUGUGUGGGAACAAACACCAUUUCUCCUGGAGAGACCUGGGCAGGCUUUGUAACUGUUCAGGCUGUGCUCAGUUACAUGCAUUGCUCAAAGCUGUUUCAUUUCUGCCUUGCUCUCUGCUAAGGACUAAAUCCACCUUGUCUGUGCAGUCCACAGCAUUUUCCAGAGGGAAAGAGCAGAGCAAACUCUUCAUUUGAUACCAAGAUGUUUCUUUGAGUCUUUCAGGUGCUAAAUUCCAAGUGUCUUGGAUUAAAGGUCCUAACUGAACCGUAAUGGUUGGUCCUGGGGAAGCGCCAGUGUCAGAAGUGGGAAACUGACUCUGACUGCUGCUUCUGAAAUAAAAGCUGUCACUAAACUCACUGCCUCACUGAGUAGUAAAACUACAGUUAGAUAUGUAGCUUGUAGAUAGGAAGGUUCCAGGUGAUCGGUUUUGAUAUUUGUAUGAAUUUAGAAUUAAAGCCUUUUGGCCACACUAUUAAAACAAACCCCUGCCUGUUGGGAAAAAUGGGGAAACACAGAAUUUACAGUGGAGUACAAAGGCUGUAAAAGCUAAACCUGUAAAUCUGAACCAGGAGUGAAGUUGAAGGGUCUGUGCAGGUGUUUGGAUAUGGAAUUGCAUGGAGGAGGAUGUGCAACCCAUCUCUUGUUCAUAACUUGCACAGCGGUUUGCCAGGUGUUCUUGCUAGAAGAUGGUGCUUCUUACCUCAAGAGACAACAGAGGCCAGGCUAAGCUGUAAAAAUGAGAACUCUUAAUAAGGGAGUUUUCUUUUUGCAACCUAGAGCUGUGCUGUGACAGUUGAGGCCAUGAUCAGAAGUGUGAAAGUGCAGUUUCUGUAUUGCUCCCAAAGUUACCAGGCUUAAACACCAUUUCUCUUUGAUUGGCUUUUUCCUGAACUAAGUAAUUAAGCAAUGAAAAGUAGCAUCCAAAUAAUAUGAAAACAAAUGAGCCAAGGAGGAGGAACAAUUACUAUGCUUAGCCCAGAUUUGGUAGCAAGCUUUGGUGUUGCCCAGUUAAACUCAUGCUGGCAUUGCCUGUACUACACUCAGACUGGUUUUAUGCUACAGAAUAUAUUUACAUCUACAGGUGUUUGGCCUUGCUUGUUUGUAGGAGGUUUUGUUAUUAGUAGUAGUGACCAGAGGGCUGCUUUUUGAUACAAAAUACUGCCUUCAGUUGAGGAUUUUUUUUUGUCUUCCAGUUUUCUUCUCUCAUUUUCAUGCUUUCCAGUCAACAGAUAAUUAAAUGUUUAGUAAAGAGAAUGAGGCAGUCUAGCAGGAUGCUUCAUCACCAGCCAGUCUUCAGCUAUCACAGUUCAUAACUUCUGCUGCCUUUGAAGGCUUUAAGCCUUUGAGACCCUUGCAGUGCUGCCUAUGCAGAGGCUGUUUUGCACUAACGAAAGGCCUGGACGCUCACUUUUAUCUAUUAAAAAACCCCGCCAAUCUCCACAAAAUUCCUUAAGGCCAUUAAUAUUCUAGAGGUACUCAGCAGAUGCUGGGCUCUGCUUUCCACCUGGUGUUCAUUAGGGUCUCACCAGCCCUCCAGUACAAGAGUUUUGGCUCUAAGUACAGGCAGUUCAGAUACAGCCUUUAAAACUUCAUUUCAGGAGGCAGGGUAGUGAUUGUGGCUCAUGUCAGUGCUGCACAGAGGUCCAUGGCAAAUGAUCUGCUUUCAUGACAGCUGAAUGUUCUGUUGCCUUUCUUCACUCAGCUCAGUGCUUUCUCUGUCCCAGUGCCAUAACAAAGUUUUCUAAGGUAUCUUUGUAACCCAGCUGUCCUCAGCAGAGCCCCUUUGCCAAUGACAGUGCACACAAUGUGAUUGCACUUCGUGAGACAUUUCUGAUGGACAAUCAACUUUUUAUGUAAUAAAACACUGUAACAAACA